AGGCAGUGUGCGCACCAGGGCUCCGCAGCCCCGCACCGCGCACGUGAGCUUACGAUAAAGGAAUUCCUGUGUGAUGUUAGUAAACAAAAAGAGUAGAAAUAAAAACUGUGCCGUGUUGUUCCUGUCAGUCUUGCAGUGAACUCCUACUCGCCACCAUGUCCCUUCCGGGAGGUUACUUUUUCUCUCAAUAUGUGGAAAGCUUUUGGAGCACCUCCCCGCCCCUGUUCGAUUGGUCCGGGGUGCCGACGCUGGUGCUGGCGGUGAUCGCGCUGGUGGUGGCGGCGACGGCGCUGGCUACGCGCGAGGGCCGGCCGCGGCUGCCGGGCCCGCCGGCGCUGCCGCUCAUUGGCACGCGCUGGCUCUACUGGAGCCGGUACAAGAUGAAUAAGCUACAUGAAGCUUACGAAGACAUGUUCAGGCGCUACGGGCCGGUGUUCGCGGAGACCGCUCCCGGGGGCGCGGCGCUGGUGUCCAUCGCCGAGCGGGCGGCGCUGGAGGCCGUGCUGCGCACCCCGGCGCGCCGCCCCUACCGUCCCCCCACCGAGAUCGUCCAGGUCUACCGCAGGAGCCGCCCGGACAGAUACGCCUCCACUGGACUCGUUAAUGAGCAAGGAGAGAAGUGGUACCACCUGCGGCGUCACCUGACGGCCGAGCUGACGAGCCCGCACACAAUGCAGGGGUUUAUCCCUGAACUAAACCACAUCUGCGAUGACUUCCUCGAUCUCCUGCAGGCUUGUAGGCACGCCGACGGCACGGUCAACGGCUUUGACCAGCUCACCAAUAGGAUGGGCUUGGAAUCCGUUUGCGGCCUAAUGCUGGGUACGCGGCUCGGUUUCCUGGAGCGCUGGAUGUCCGGCCGCGCGUCCGCCCUGGCCUCCGCGGUGAAAGCUCACUUCCGCGCUCAGCGGGACUCUUACUACGGCGCGCCCUUAUGGAAGUUCGCACCGACCAGUCUUUAUAGGACCUUCGUUAGGAGCGAGGAAACCAUACACACGAUAGUGUCGGAGCUGAUGGAGGAAGCGAAGCAGCGCUCGCGCACCGCCGCGCAAGACAACGGCAUGCAGGAAAUCUUUCUCAAGAUACUGUCCAACCCCGCGCUAGACAUGCGCGACAAGAAGGCUGCAGUCAUCGAUUUCAUCACUGCAGGGAUUGAGACCUUGGCAAACAGUCUAGUCUUCCUGUUGUACCUGCUAAGCCGGCGUCCGGACUGGCAGCAAAAGAUCCGGUCGGAGCUACCGUCUUCUGAAGAGCUGCACGUCGAGCAGUUGUCCGCGGCGCCCUCCGUGAGGGCGGCUGUCAACGAGAGCUUCAGGCUGCUGCCGACAGCGCCCUUUCUGGCCAGGCUUCUAGAUGCGCCUGUUACUGUAGAUGGACAUACGAUACCUGCUGGGACGUUCGUGCUAGCACAUACUGGUGCGGCGUGCCGUCGAGAAGAGAACUUCUGGCGCGCAACCGAGUACCUCCCGGAGCGGUGGUUGACCGUGCGCGAGCCGCAUGCAUCCGCGUUGGUGGCGCCGUUCGGACGCGGCCGCCGAAUGUGCCCCGGGAAGAGAUUCGUCGAACUCGAGAUCAACUUGCUUCUCGCGAAGAUUCUUCAGAGAUGGCGAGUGGAGUACGACGGAGAACUAGACGUGCAGUUUGAUUUCCUGCUGGCCCCAAAAGCACCAGUGUCCCUGCGCCUUGAGGAGUGGUAGGCCAAUAAACCUGGCAAUCAACUUACUCACGCGGCAUCUCAGCAUUAUAAGACGAUCUUUGAAAAGAGCAUAUCUGAUUUGCUUCACAUAAAGUAUAUAUCUUAUACCUCUACAUUGUAGUAAGUAGGUAUACGUUACGUACUGUAUGUAUUUGUGUGCCACUUUAACACAGUUUCUGUCUCUUGGGGGCAAUAUACUGUUUAUAAUAAUCCUUUGUACCCAUCGACCUAGUUAUUUAAAUCUUUAGUAUCUCAGUGUCCGAUUGCAAUCUGAGGACGUGUUGAGAGUUGCCAAUAUAAGAAUUAAUAAUAUACAUCGUCGUUUUCUAAUUGAAUCCCGAGCUGUAGGUACUUAUCUCGAGCAGAUUUUGACUUCAGAUGUUUUUGGGAUUAAAGACAGCCAUCCAGACAGCCAACAUAUUUAGGUUGAUUUUUUGUCAAUAAAGCCAGCAUCUCGCAUGAGUGAAAUGCAGUUCUUAAUGUAUGAUCGAAGCUUCGUUGCCAUGACAGUUAAAUAGGAGAUUUGAAGACUUAAAUGUUUAAGAUGUGUUUGAGAUUUGAUUGAAUCUAUUAAUUGUUUUUGGUUUACAGGCUGUCAGAAAUGUUUAUUUAUAAUUAAUUUAACCAUACACAUUCCUGCUUGUGAUUCCUAUAGAAUUCGGCUUUAUCAAGAAUAUAUUCUUACUAAUUAUAAGGUUAAGAGAAAAUACGGAAUAAGGUCUACUUUAAUAUAAGCGCCAUUAUCAAGUCAGCAAGUUUAUGUGUUUGGGUUUUAAUUUAUAUGAUUAUAAGCAGCUCUUUAUAUUGCACGGAGAAGAUAAAAACGCGUUAACUCAGUGCCUGUAGGCAAUAUUAGACUUUUCUUAUGUUGAACGUAGCAGUAUCAUUGUGAUUUGAUUACCUUCUUUAUUGAUUUGAAGAUAUUGAACAAAUGUCACUCAAUGAAACGAACUUGCCUAUGUUACAGGUAAGGCACUGAGUUAGUGCCAAUUAUGCCAUGCAGAGUUAUCGCACGCGAUUAGAGAGUUGUAAGCAACCGUAUUUUCUAUUUGAGGUAUUUAUUCUGUUUACGUUCAGUAUGUUUAGUUUUCGUCGAAAAACAAACUUUAACAGAUGUAUUGCAUGAUCCUUUGCCAUCGUAUUAUCUCGGAAACCUUCGUAUUUGUCAUGCUACUUCAGUGAACCUCGAGGUACAUAGCCAACGUCACAAUCGCUUACGCUGCAGCUAGGCUAGUCAUUUCGGCUAGACCCAGUACUCGUUAUACUGGGACUUACAGUACUGAAAUAGCAAGACUGACAGGAAGGUUUUUGAUAACGUCUUAAUUUACCCAAAUGUUAUUUUUACUCCACUUGAUCCUAUUAGAUUAGAUCCCAUAUAGGUAUAUGUAGGAUCCCAUAUUGGUAGUAUAGGAUUGGUACAGUAUGCGACGAACUUUUGGACCAUUAGGCGCGGUGGUGGGGACAAGUUCGCGCCUCGUAUACAUACGAGCAAAAACACUACCUAAUAAGAAAUAUCGCUUUUGCGCAGGUAAGGCCAUAAUGGUCUAAAAGUUUACCACGCAGUAUACCUACGGUAUACGGGAAUACGCCGUGUGGUGUCUAGCCUAUAGGAUUUGCACUACCUCUGUAGGUAGGUACUUAAAUCUCUUAUGCUCUCAGAAAUUUUCAUUCUGUGAAAUAUGCACAGGUAAAAAUCUUUAUGUGACGUUUGGUUUGCUUUUCGUGAAAGUGAACUGCAGCUUUUUCGUGUGAAAUGAAACGUUAUUUUGUGAUAAAAGUUGUUGUUGGUGAUAGGUACUCAUAUAUUUUUAUACCACAUUAGGUACUGGAAGAGUCUACCGCGAAAAUGUAAGUUCUGUAAUACUCAUUAGUCUAAUCACUGCGCAGAGGAGAACAAGACAAAGAUGACCUUUAUUUGCGAACUUCGAUAUUCGCGGUAGGCCACGCAUAUGUUAGAUAUAACAGCGUUUCAUCAUUAGGCUGCAUACUGAACUAAAUCUUUUUUUAUAUGGCGAUAAUAUAUAGCAAUUUAUGGCUGUGUUAAUAUCAAAAAGGCGUAUUUUGUGAACGUUGUGAACCGCAAUACCUCUUGUUAAAUAAGACUGCGCACUUCAGCACAUGCAUUUUUUUAGCAUUUAUGAACCUUUAGUUUGUACCGUGGAUAAAAUUAAGAUUAAAGUCUUGCGACUCGAGUGAAUAGGUGUAGAAUAGAAUAGAAUAGAAUAAAA